UAGUAUAAAUAAUCUUGUACAGCUCUUCAGAAACAAGAGCAAAAUUUUUUGGAUUUUCAAGUAAACAGAGGUCUGAUACUACAUUGGAAACAUGGACGCCUUCUUUGGAACAUGGAAAUUCGUCAAAAAAGUGAACUUUGAUGAGUUCAUAAAAGCAGCCGGUGGACAACCACCCGAUGAUUCUAACCUAACUGAGACUGUUUCCCAAGAGGGGGACCAUUUUGUCUGGACAACAAAGAGAGGCCAACAUGCCACAGAGAUUAAGUUCAAACUGGAUAAAGCAUUCAGUGAUGGUACCAUAGAGGGGAGACAAUGUUUCAGUACCAUAAGCCUUAAGGGAAAGCAACUGGUACAGGUGAAGAAGUGGGGUAGAAAAGAAAGCACAGUUAUCCGUGAGGUUAACGGGAAAAACAUGACAAUGACAGCAAAAUUUGGUGGUGAACAAGGACAACGCAUUUAUGAGAAAGUUUAAUCAUUAAUCAGUGAUUAAAGCUUUUAAAGCUUCUUUGUGAUUGUUAUCUGAAUAAUUGAAUCAUUAGUAAGAUCAGUGUGCAUAAAAUUACACUGAAUUAUUGCAAUUAAAAUAUAUAUUUUGAAA